GUCACCGCUAGAGUCUGAUCGCUGCUAUGUAAACGCAGAACGCAACACUGCGUUACAAGGGUGAUUGGUCUAAAAAUUGUGUAACUCGACUAUAUGAGCGGCUAGAUCAGCUACUUUAUUUGUGUUGCAUGUAACCGGAACAUGUAUUGACAAUGCGGCAUUUCGUUGUUUUAUAAGGGUGUAAGUAGACACUACAGCAUUACCAAACUCUCUACAGACUAGUGAGAAGAAGCACGGCACAUUGCAACCAGUCUUUAUUUCCGCUGUAACGUAUUUGUGAUGAUGGGAGUUGGGGCCGAGAACAGAUCACCCAGCACAUUUGCAUUGCACCUCGAAGAGGCAAAAGAGGAGACAGAGCUUGCCAAGAUGACUCUGGUUAAUGCUGAAGCCAUGAAGCAGGCAGGUGUUGAUCUUCAGACGGAGGAACCGCGGGAAACGUGGAGUCGGCGUCUGGAGUUUGUGCUCGCCACUGUGGGUUAUGCGGUGGGUCUGGGAAACGUGUGGCGCUUUCCAUACCUGUGCUACAGGAGCGGAGGAGGUGCUUUCUUGAUUCCCUACUUGAUCAUGUUGUUUCUCUGUGGCAUCCCACUGUUGUUUAUGGAGUUCACCGUUGGACAGUACACUCGCCUGGGGCCUGUCCAUGCUCUGGCGAAAAUAUGUCCCCUCUUCAAAGGUGUGGGACUCGCGACAGUGGUCAUUUCAUAUGUGCUCUGCACCUACUACAACGUGCUCAUGACGUGGGCCCUUUACUACCUGGUCCACUCUUUCAGCCCCUCGCUGCCAUGGCAAUCCUGCAACAACACGUGGAACACAGCUGGCAACUGUUCCACUGGUUUUCCUGGUAAUGCCACACAUCUGCAAUCUGCGAGUCAACAGUUCUUUGACCGUAAGGUGCUCGACAUGACACAAGGCAUUGAGAAUUCUGGAGGGAUUCGCUGGGAACUCUUCGGCCUUCUAAUUCUGGCCUGGGCCAUUGUUUAUCUCUGCAUCUUUAAAGGGGUCAAGUCCACUGGAAAGGUUGUGUACUUCACUGCUACAUUCCCGUAUUUCAUACUCUUUGCAUUGUUGGUCAAUAAUGUCCAGCUGCCUGGAGCAAAAGAUGGCAUUCUCUUCUUCCUCAUGCCUAACUGGAGUAAACUCCUGGAAGUGCAGGUGUGGGUCAAUGCCGCUGCUCAGAUCUUUAACUCCAUUGGAAUCUCCUUUGGUUCCAUGAUAUCAAUGGCCAGUUACAACAAGUACAACAAUAACAUUCUUAAGGACACAUUUGUCGUCUCUCUGGCUAAUUCAGCUACCAGUAUCCUGGCUGGUUUUGUCAUUUUCUCUGCCAUUGGCUAUAUGGCCCAUAUUCACAACCUACCUGUGGAUGACAUCGCCACAGAUGGACCUGGUCUUGUGUUUGUGGUCUAUCCUGAGAUCUUGUCCACCAUGCCUUUCUUUCAGAUAUGGGCUCCUCUGUUUUUCAUCAUGUUACUCUGUCUUGGACUGGACAGUCAGUUUGCCAUGGCUGAAGUGGCUGUAACGUUUAUCAUGGACGGUUUUGGUAAGAAGGUUUUGCGAGUUUUGAAGAAGAAAGAGCUGGUUGUUUUGGCGGUGUGCAGUGUUGGCUUUCUGCUGGGGAUCCCUCACAUUACCAGGGGUGGCAUAUUCGUGUUUCAGCUGAUGGAUCACUACACAGCUGUGGUGUCUCUAAUGUUUCUGGCCUUCUUCGAGGUCCUCGCCGUCACUGUCAUAUUUGGAGUGAGAAACCUCAGCGUGAUGGUGGAGAACAUGCUGGGAAAGAAACCGAACCUGUACUUCCGUGUCUGUUGGCAGUUCUUGUCGCCCAUGCUCGUUCUGGGUAUUCUGAUUUCCAGUAUUAUUCAGUAUACUCCAGCUCGAUACGGUAAGUUUUACACAUACCCGCUCUGGGCAGAGGUGGUUGGAUGGUUCAUCUCUCUAGUCUCCAUCAUAUGGAUUCCUCUAGGGGCUGUGCAUGAGCUCUGGAACACUGAAGGAUCUCUACUCCAGAGGUUAAAGUCGUCCAUAACUCCAACUGUAGAACUGGAGAGACCAGCUGCUGAGUCUAUCGCAUUCCUUACAGCCACGUAAAGGCCUGUGUGUGUGUGUGUGAUGUGUUUACUUAUUUGAGAUACAGAGUAGCUGCGUGUAAACUAUAAAAAUAUCUUCUUUUUUUUUAAAGAUAUUUAUAAUUCACUUAUUGUAUUUCAGAAUAAUGUUGAAAUAUUAAAAUGUUUCCAGAGUUACAAUAUGGCAAUUGUAAUAUUAAGGAAACAUUUUACUAGGGCUGCAACUAACGAUUAUUUUGAUAAUCGAUUAGUUAGACGAUUAUUUUUUACUUUAAAACUGCGCACCUCGCGCUGCACGGAGAGACGCAUGCACGAAGAGACAUAUCUGCGAACCUCGUGCUGCACGAAGAGACGCGUGCACAGAGAGACAUGUCUGACUUUAAAACUGCAAUGCUCAUGCUGCACUGAGAGACCAGUCUUAAAUUGUAAUUUUAAAAGUGAAGACUGUCAUUACACGAUCCGGGAUGCCUGCACGAUCCGUUCUGCGCAUGCGCGUAACUACGUAGUAGAAAACGUCACGGUUUCCCUACACUAUUGGUAUCACGCAUGCGAUGAAAUACUUGACGGCCAGGCGGCACAACUGGCGGCAUAUUUUUGUAGGCUACAUUGUGUUUUUCAUUUAACAGUUCUCGGCGGGUCUAUUUUGAUGUUUUUAAAUGUAGCUUACGCUAUGCAUUACGAUGUGUUUACGUGGUUGCCAAUCCAAAAUAAUAAAGGAGUUGUUACAUGAGCAUACACGAUUUUGGUUACAUGUGGAAUAAAGUCUGAGUCUUUCUGUCACUGCAAACCUUCAGUUUCCUCCAUACUGCCCUUUGCGAUUCAUUGCUGUAUGGCAUUAGGCCUACUUAACUUGCCGCGUUUCAAUCUGAGGUCAGUAGUAUUGUCAAAGACGGUUUGUGUCGUUUUUUUUAUUAAAAGCUGCUAAUAUUAGUUAACUAAGGAACAUAAUAUGCAUUUCUGCCUAGACUAUCUGCACUUACAGUACAUGAAGAAAGAACUACAAACAAGUCUGGGGAAAUGUUACAGAGUAUUUCAAACUGACAAUGGAAAUGACUUGAAAGAACACACAGUGUGCACACAGAAGUGACAUGAGACCAGAGGUGGACAAAUAUUGCCUAACGGCAGCGUAAAGGGCAAACUUCUCUUUUUUUUCGCUGCAGUCCAUUUUCUUUCACUGUGAGUGAAUGAAAGUCUAGCGGUACAAAGGUGCGCAAGCGUGGAACAGAUCGUGCAGUGUCGUAAAUCGUCGCAAAUGCGCAUUUUCUACUACGUCAUUAUGCGCAUGGAUCGUGCAGGCAUCCUGGAUCGUGUACUGACAAAGACGACGCGCUUGGUUUAUAACUGCGCAGCUCGCAAGUAACGUCACAGACCAACUAAUCGAUAAUGAAAUUCAUUGACAACUAUUUUCAUUAUCGAUUUUAUCGACUAGUUGUUGCAGCCCUACAUUUUACUACUUCAAAAAAAGCUUUUUUUCUCAUUUUUAUUUAUUUAAUUGAAUAUUUGAUCUUUUAAUUUAGAGUGCUGUUAAACAGCUUUGUCAAAGAAAACUUUAAAGUCAGAUAUUAAAGCAUUUAUGCACAUUACUUUUCUUCCUGAAAGAAUCUAAAACAAAUCCAAUCAAAUAAUUGCACAGUGAGUAGGAAUAUUAGAUAAUUUUUCCGUCAUUUGGACUUUGAAGUUGAACUUAAACAUUUUGAUACUUUUAAUACACUGAGUGAAAAUAUUGAGAACAUGUUUAUAAUAUUAUGGACAAAAACUUGAUUUUGCAAUUCAUCAUUAAUAAUAAGAUUGAUGCCACUGCACCAAAAAUGCCUUCACACAACAAGAAAGUUUCAAUAACAAAAUGUAGUUCUUAUUAAAUCUUAAAUUGUGGAUACAGCAUUUACUUUGAUAUGGCUAUAGUGCGUUUAUACUAUGCUUUAUAACAAAGCUGCUUUCAGUGCAUUACUAUUGCCAUUAACUGUGUUCGUAGUUGAAGAGGGUCAAGCUUCGUGUACCAACAUGUACUGUAUCAGCUGAACUUCAGCUUUAUAAUGACUUAUUAUUUUAUUAGCCUUUGCAUCUACAUCGCAAUCUAAAUGGUUACAGUGGCACAUAUUUUAAAACAUAUUUAUCUGUAUAUUUGCCAAAUAUCCAUCAGUUUGACAAAAAAAAACUUGUUUUGUGUAAGCACUGUUGGUUAUUAAUUUUCAACUUGUGUAAUCUGAUAGAGCUUGUACUACAAUCAAUGUUUACAAAUUACUUUUUAAUAUUUUUAUUUCAAUUUAGACUUUGCAAUUUAAAGAAAAAUGUACUUGAAGCGAGGUAAUUGUAUUUUCUUGAAAAUGCUGGAUGAUACCAGAAUGAGAGAUGCGUAUGUUGUUUAUUUUUUUGGCAGAAAAACAUUAACUAGAAAAAAUAUAAUUACUCUUGUUUUUUUUUAAGUUACAGUGUUGGAAUAUGUAAACUAUUCAGACUAUUCCAAAUUUCUUUGUCAAAGAGUCACAGCCAUUACAGUGAUGUUUUGUUCUGACUGAAAACUUUAUAAUUUGUCCUUUCCUAAAAACCAUGGUAUUACUAUAGUACCAUAUCUAAAAACGUCAACAUUACAUCCCAAAUGUCGCUAUACAGUUAUUAUGUCAUGUGGUAACACACUGUGUGGUGUUUAUUUAUUUUUUACAAUAGCUGUUGAAUGUAUAGCAUUGUUUUUUGAUAUUUUGAUAUUUGUUUUCUCUGUGGUGGUCUGUAGAAGUAAAAACAUAUUUAAAAAAUGUUAUCUCACGACAGGCAGCAGCUGGUUAACUAAAAUAAAGGUCAUUUUUCCGAGUUAGUUUUACUUGUCCAUUUUAUGAAAUGUAAUACUACUACAGACCACUAGAUGUCAUGGUAGCACAACAACUGAAUGUGCAUUUUGACCACCUGAUAUCGCUUUAUCGCAGCUUUCGAACAUGGUCAUGAGACAGAAAGAAAUAUUACUGGCAAUAGAUUUGAUUGCAUUAAGGAUUUGAGGCCUGUUGUGUGCCGCAUACAAUGAGAACCUGUGGUUGCAAAAAAUACAGUUACACUUCUUUAAUCAAUAGCAUUUAAGCAUUAUUAAGCAAUGUUCUUAUCCCACAAACAGAGGAUGCACAAACUGAAGUCAUUUGAGACUGUGGUUCUGUUGGCAGAUCAAUACCCUCCUUCCGUGCAGGACAGGCUGGAUGCCACCACAGCAUUUCAUUUAUAGCCAACAGCAGAUCAAUAUACUGCAGCAGAGCAGUCUGUGGGAAGGAUAUGCCAUUGCCACACUGCAUGUACUAAAAUAGUACAGCGAGUGGAGAGCAGAGGAUGUUGUGUGUGCUAUUAUUUUUACAUGCAUUUGAAAUGGCGCUCACUUUACUCGUGACUUGUGACAGUGUUAGGUCAUCAUUGAGUUUUUCUUGCAUGAAAGCUUAUAGCAGAGUACAGGGCGCUGCCACUGAACAGUAAAUUGAUAUGUUUGUGACCUGACAGGACCAAGUGCAACGAGAGAGCCCAACUCUUUGGAGAGAUGCCCUAAGGCUUGGCUGACCUCUCUGUGACCUCUGGCUGACCUCUAGUUGAUCAAUGCAAACGAAAGCCUGGCAGAUAAGCUGGCUUCUUCUCUUUCCCGUCGCGGAGGAGCGCAGGUGUGCUAUAUCACACUCGGUGUACUGGCCUGGAUUCACUGCCAGUGAAAGGGGAAAUCAGGCAUGAAGGGAAAUGAAGACACAUGUCCCUCUCUUCCCCUUCACACACACGCAAACAGGCUGUUCUGAUGAUAAACCAACACUCAGUUUUGUGAGCAUUUGCAUAUUCUUCACAUAGUCGCAAAUGUUUCCUGCAAAACAGCAAGUGCUAACUAAAUUUAUUACACGGGUUGCUGAAAUGGUUGAUUCUGAUUGGCCAGUUGUGACAUUUGCAGGUUCGGUAACCCGGAUGGGCAAAUAAUUUUGACAGGUUUUUUUUGACAAAUUAAAUAUAACUAUGUCUUUUAAUAACAUAUAUGACAUUAUAUUUACAAAUGAUUAAACCCAAUUGCCUGUUCGUGGCAUUUCAAUGUCGUUUCUUGCCUUAAAACCGAAAGUAAACGGCUUUUCCUCAUGGAAGGUCUGCAUUGAGUAA